CCAUGGGUGAUGAUGAUGCGGAUGGCGUUCGAGGAUCCCCCAUUAGGGCGGCGAACUGUUAAUGGAGGGAAAUGAGUCAGUUAAUAGUAUUAUUAUUAUUUUCUACCGACAUUUAACUAAGUAGUUGAGUAGUGAAGAGCAGUAACCAGUAACAAUAACAUGAACUCCGCCUCAUCUUGUUAUUACAAGAUGUCUCUAAUUCUUAUCCUUCAUUAUGAUCAUCAUUGUGGUCAGUCAGUCCCAUAGUUGGGUACUUAAAAGAUUCCCUGUUUACUUAGACUUCUACAUAUUCCCGAAGAAUCACGAGCCACGGUUGAUUGAACCGCGGAGAAAUUCUGCCCGUUUGGGUAUCCGGCUAUGGAUCCAUGGAUAGCCGCUCUACGGUACUCUGAAAUAUCAUAUUAUAUUAUUAUAAUUGCGGGCAGCUUGGAUAGCCUCAUUAUUGUAUGCUCCCAUUCAAUAGUAAGCUACUAGUUCUCAGCCUGCACAAGUAAUGCUUGCUUCCACCCACCAACCAGAUGGAUGCACGACGGAGAAGAGGAACCUUGCAGUUAUUUCAACGGCUCCCCCGGCUCUCGUCGGUCUGCCCAGCUCUUGGAUGACUCAGCCACGACUGCACACAAAAAAAGAGAUUUAUUCCCAGUGGUGCGGAGGACGGAGUACCGGCACAAUUAUAGUGAACUGUGCAUCCAUGUUGUUCAAUGCGGUGACAGUGAUGACAGAAGGCUGCAGUCGAAAAUCUUUGCUGCGAGGCAUCAAAAUGCAUUCAGGGAGAUGUACGGGGUAGUAGUAUAUAAGAACCAUUCAAAGUUAUUGGUUGGAUGUUACAUUCAAACUGGGCGCUAUUGCUUUGUGCGCCUGCACAACCGACAACCUCAAGGCUUCUGCUACCAAUUUUCUAUCACAUAUCUUUUCAUUGCUGCACAUAUUGAGUAGUUAGCGGCUGCCUGCCUUACGGAAUCACCCCCAGCUUGAUCGGCUUGAUGGAGGGGGCUGGUAACUAAUCAAACCAAAGUACUACAAAGCAAGAGGCUUGCUACGGAACGGCUACUUCCUACUACCCACACAAAACGACGACGGAAGUACUAUGUACUACCAACUCCAUCGUUAGUCGUAGAGUGCUAGGCACGGAGUCCUCCGUAGCCCAGACAAGGGUUUUUCUCUCACAAAUCGGUCGCAUCUGGUACCUGCAAGGUAGCAACUAGCUCGCUCACGCAGAGGAGAAAAGUACAACUAGUCGACUGGGUACUUUGUGCUCCCGCUCAAUCUGCAGCUAAGGAACCCAAGGAUCUGUCGCUGCCGAACCCGUCCUUGUCACAGCCAGUCAAAUUGGCGCGCGGGGUGGACACUGCAGGUUGGGCAGGAAUGUGUGGUGGCUUUGGGCACUCAUCCGCCCGUUUGUGUCCCUGCCACUAAUCU